AUGCCUGGUGGGCCUAUCUCUUUGCCUAGCCCCACACCUGCCGGACCUAUCUCUUGGCCUAGCCUCACGCCUGGCGAAUCUAUCUCUUUGGUGAAUCCAUAUCUUUGCCUAACCUCACACCUAGCGGCUUCACGCCUGUUGGAUCUAUCUCUUUGCCGAAUCUCACGCCUGGCAGAUCUAUCUCUUUGCCUAGCCUCACGCCUGGUGAAUCUAUAUCUUUGCCUAACCUCACGCCUAGCGGAUCUAUCACUUUGCCAAGCCUCACGCCUUGUGGAUCUAUCAUCUAUCUCUUUGUCUAGCCUCACGCCUGGCGGAUCUAUCUCUUUAACUUGCCUCACACCUGGUGCAUCUAUCUCUUUGCCUAGCCUCACGUUGAUCUAUUUGCCUAGCCUCACGCCUGGCGGACCUAUCUCUUUGCCUAGCCCCACACCUGGCGGGCCUAUCUCUUUGCCUAGCCCCAUACCUGGCGGGCCUAUCUCUUUGCCUAGCCCCAUACCUGGCGGGCCUAUCUCGUUGCCUAGCCUCACGCCUGACAGAUCUAUCACUUUGCCUAGCCUCACACCUGCCGGACCCAUCUGUUUGGCCAGCUUCACUAUCGCCUUAUUUCCAUGCCUCUCACCUGAUGGAUCUAUCUCGUUGCCUAGCCUUCCACUUGGUGGAUCUAUCUAUUUUCUUUGGUGGAUCUAUCAUUUUGUCUGGCGGAUCUGUCUCUUUUUCUUCCCUCACAUCUGGAGGAUCUGUCUUUUUGCCUAG